AUGGCCACCCUGCUCCGCAGCAAGCUGACCAAUGUGGCCACAUCCGUGUCCAACAAGUCUCAGGCCAAGGUGAGCGGCAUGUUUGCCAGGAUGGGGUUUCAGGCGGCCACGGAUGAGGAGGCGGUGGGCUUCGCGCACUGCGACGACCUCGACUUUGAGCAUCGCCAGGGCCUGCAGAUGGACAUCCUGAAAUCGGAAGGCGAGCCCUGCGGAGACGAGGGCGCCGAACCGCCCGUCGAGGGAGACAUCCAUUACCAGCGCGGAGGCGCUCCUCUGCCACCGUCUGGCUCCAAGGACCAGGCCGUGGGAGCUGGUGGCGAGUUCGGGGGUCAAGACAAGCCCAAGAUCACGGCGUGGGAGGCGGGUUGGAACGUGACAAACGCCAUUCAGGGCAUGUUUGUGCUGGGCCUACCCUACGCCAUCCUCCACGGCGGCUACCUGGGGUUGUUCCUCAUCAUCUUCGCUGCAGUAGUGUGUUGCUACACAGGCAAGAUUCUCAUCGCAUGCUUAUACGAGGAGAACGAAGACGGCGAGGUGGUGCGCGUGCGGGACUCUUACGUGGCCAUAGCCAAUGCGUGCUGCGCUCCUCGCUUCCCCACGCUGGGUGGCCGCGUGGUCAAUGUGGCGCAGAUCAUCGAGCUGGUGAUGACGUGCAUAUUGUACGUGGUAGUGAGCGGCAACCUCAUGUACAAUAGCUUCCCGGGGCUGCCCGUGUCGCAAAAGUCCUGGUCCAUCAUCGCCACGGCGGUGCUGCUGCCCUGCGCCUUUCUGAAGAACCUCAAGGCCGUGUCCAAGUUCAGUCUGCUGUGCACGCUGGCCCACUUCGUCAUCAACAUCCUGGUUAUCGCCUACUGUCUCUCUCGCGCGCGUGACUGGGCCUGGGAGAAGGUGAAGUUCUACAUCGACGUCAAGAAAUUUCCCAUCUCCAUCGGCAUCAUCGUGUUCAGCUACACCUCGCAGAUCUUCCUGCCCUCGCUCGAAGGCAACAUGCAACAGCCCAGCGAAUUCCACUGCAUGAUGAACUGGACGCACAUCGCCGCCUGCGUGCUCAAGGGACUCUUCGCGCUCGUCGCCUACCUCACCUGGGCUGACGAGACCAAGGAGGUCAUCACGGAUAACCUGCCCGGCUCCAUCCGCGCUGUGGUCAAUCUCUUCCUGGUGGCCAAGGCGCUGCUGUCCUACCCGUUGCCCUUCUUCGCGGCGGUCGAAGUGCUGGAGAAGUCUCUCUUCCAGGAAGGCAGCCGCGCCUUCUUCCCCGCCUGCUACGGAGGCGACGGUCGCCUCAAGUCCUGGGGGCUGACGCUGCGCUGCGCGCUGGUGGUCUUCACGCUGCUCAUGGCCAUCUACGUGCCGCACUUCGCGCUGCUCAUGGGCCUCACCGGCAGUCUCACCGGCGCCGGCCUCUGCUUCCUGCUGCCCAGCCUCUUCCACCUGCGCCUACUCUGGCGCAAGCUGCUGUGGCACCAGGUCUUCUUCGAUGUGGCCAUCUUCGUCAUUGGCGGCAUCUGCAGCGUGUCCGGCUUCGUGCAUUCACUCGAGGGCCUCAUCGAGGCCUACCGAACCAACGCAGAGGACUAG